GUGGCAAGUCGGAAGCGUUCGCACCGGGGAGGCAGCUGCCGGGGCAGCGGCGGCGGCGGCGGCGGCGGCGGCGGCGGCGGGCAGGACGGGAGUGGGAAGGGUUGGCCAGGGAAGGCUGCUCUCCGCUGGCGCCCGGCGAGCCGCGCAGAGAGCUCGAUCCGGUUACGAAGCCUUGACGCUGCCCUGCCCCGGAUUUCAUUCCGCGGCGGGGGGCUCGGCGAGCGGAAUUCCGGCGGCUGCCGCGACUCCCGUGCAAGGUGAAGGCAGCAUGAAUGAUCCCUGAAUAGGCCCCUGGGCGUAUUUAGCCAUUGGCUUUUGAUUAGGAGACAGAAGACGGCCAUCUAUCUACUUGAAAGCAAGAAAACCUUUUCUGAAGCAGAACCAAGGAAAGGAAAUCAUUUGGGCUCCUCCCUCACCAUCCACCCAACAGAAUCACCGACCAGGGGCCAACACCAACACCUCUUUCUGAAUUCCCUGCCUGUAGAAACCUGGAAGGAGAAGACAUUUUCACAAGCAGUGUUGAGGAUGGUCACUUCGUGCUCCUCUCACACGAGGAAUUCCAGGCAAAGCUUCAGUGACUGAAGGAGUUGUGGAUUUCAAGAACAGUGACAUAGGAGCGUAGCAGAGGGUGUACGAAAGACAACACAUAUUGGAAAGAAAACUGAUGAAGAAAAUUAACAGAGUCAGGUACACCAUUGAAUUCUUUGGGAUGCACAAAAUUGUCUGGUUGGGAAACUUAUGAAAUAGAAGACAAGACCCUGCCUCAGGAAGCGUACAUGAGAAUAAUUUUAAAGGAACCUAUCACUGAAUGCAAAACCGUAGCUGUUGGAGGUGAUGCGAAUGUACUGGAACAAUGGGAGAAGCCAGUAACUUAUAGGAAGCCAAGAUGACAAGAAUUUUUUUAAAUAAUCAAAGGAAGAAUCUUGUUCAAAAAUGAGGUGAAUAGAUGCUCAGGUCCUCAAGAGCCUGGACAGCUACAUGAGGUGUUUUAAAAACUGCCCCGACCGUCUUGCCACCCAGUCUCUUGUCAUGAGGCCUGACGGGAUGAAUGUGCCGUGGCGGGACCGCAUCCUGCCCUGUAGGAACCGUGACUGCUGACCCACCGAGCGCAAGCUGAGGACUGCAUGUCAUCUGCCAGUACAAUGAAGGAAGUGGUUUAUUGGUCACCCAGCACGGUGGCAGACUGGCUGCUGGAGAAUGCUAUGCCAGAAUACUGUGAGCCUCUGGAACAUUUCACAGGCCAGGACUUGAUCAACCUAACCCAAGAGGAUUUCACAAAACCCCCCUUGUGCCGAGUCUCCUCCGACAACGGGCAGCGUCUCUUGGACAUGAUAGAGACCCUGAAAAUGGAGCACCACAUGGAAGCACACAAGAAUGGCCAUGCCAACGGGCACCUCAGCAUUGGCACAGACGUCACCACCCCGGACAGCAGUUUCAGCAUCAAGGUCAAACCCAACGGGAUGCCAAAUGGGUAUAGGAAGGAGAUGAUAAAGAUCCCCAUGCCAGAACCGGAGCGCUCCCAGUACCCCAUGGAGUGGGGCAAAACGAUUCUGGCCUUUCUUUAUGCACUUUCCUGUUUUGUCCUCACCACAGUGAUGAUCUCGGUCGUCCAUGAACGAGUGCCUCCUAAGGAGGUGCAGCCUCCACUACCGGACACAUUUUUUGACCAUUUUAACCGGGUGCAGUGGGCCUUUUCUAUUUGUGAAAUUAACGGCAUGAUCCUUGUAGGACUCUGGUUAAUUCAGUGGCUGCUCUUAAAAUACAAGUCUAUUAUUAGCAGAAGAUUUUUCUGCAUAGUUGGCACGCUGUACCUGUACCGAUGUAUUACAAUGUAUGUAACUACACUCCCAGUACCUGGUAUGCAUUUCAACUGCUCUCCGAAGCUUUUUGGAGACUGGGAAGCCCAACUGCGGAGAAUAAUGAAGCUCAUUGCUGGCGGUGGCCUGUCCAUCACUGGCUCUCACAACAUGUGUGGGGACUAUCUGUACAGCGGCCACACGGUCAUGCUCACACUCACCUACUUAUUUAUCAAAGAAUAUUCCCCUCGCCGACUCUGGUGGUACCACUGGAUCUGCUGGCUUCUCAGCGUGGUUGGAAUCUUCUGUAUUCUCUUGGCGCAUGACCACUACACUGUGGACGUGGUGGUGGCAUAUUAUAUCACCACGAGACUCUUCUGGUGGUACCACACUAUGGCCAAUCAGCAAGUGCUAAAAGAAGCUUCCCAGACGAACCUCCUGGCCAGGGUGUGGUGGUACAGGCCAUUUCAGUACUUUGAAAAGAACGUCCAAGGAAUUGUACCUCGAUCUUACCAUUGGCCCUUCCCCUGGCCAGUAGUCCACCUUGGUAGGCAAGUUAAAUACAGCCGGUUGGUGAAUAGCACAUAACAGCUGUACACAGUGGGGGAGUGAGGAACUGUCCGAAGUGCUGAGAACUCCGUGAGAGAAGAUGCCAUAACAUAAACACCUCCCUAAUUCUACUAUCUUUCAACAGUUACCUUGACUUAACCUAUUGAGUUACCUAGUCAGCACUGUGAUAUUUUUUUCUCUCCAAAGGACCUGCGUUGGACAACAAUAAAGAAAAUUUAACCUAUCAUGCACUGUACACAUUUCCUGUUCAUAAGUUUGGAAUUUACAUAACUCGCAACCCCCAUGUUCCUUUGUAUAUGAUGCAACAGCAUAAAUGUAAGCUUUUAUAUAUCAUAAGUUCUGGUCUUUCCAGUCACAUCUGGAAAUAAAGCGUAUUAUUUUCUUGGGAAAACAUACUUUUCAUAUCUCUUGCCCCAAGGUUUGGGCUGUAAGCCAUUUUCUAGCAUAUGUCUCUAUGAAGGUUUCUAAGUACCUGAGUGGGGUUCAAUACUGAAAUCUUUCUACCUGUUGCACCGAUACUCAAAUGAAAAUGACAGACACAGAAAGGUUUAGUAACUUUGGGUUUUGUAAAAUCAGCAGAGACAGUGUGUCAAAAAGUGCAAAAAAAAAAAAAAAGAUUCUGUUAUAAAGUGAUUUUCUAAGUAUUUCCUAACUUUAUUUUUCAAAAUGAUGUUACGAAAACCAAAUUUGAAGAUUUUUACAUGUCAAAGAGGAGAGAGUUAAAAUUUAAAAAUGCUUCUUGGGAGAGAAAUUUGUCUAUGUUUCUAGUGCCUUUCUUGUCUUGAUUGUAUGGUCAGUAGGCAACCUUAAAUGUUUUUAUUUAAAAUAAAGUAUUCCAUGAAAAUAUAAACAUAUGUAUACACUACUAAAUUUUGCAUUUAUAGCUAAAUUAAAUCAGAAGACUGCUUAUGGUUUUUAAAUUGCUCUGAAUUAAAGAAUGGGAGGGGUUAAUUAGAAAGUCAGAUCCUGUUCCCAUAUUGUGAGCAGGUGACAAUGACAUGUACUACUUAAAUUAUUUUAUCAUCUAUUUGGUAGUUCAAUUUUAACUAUACAAUGAAAACAGCCAUGAAUACUUUUUUUAAAGAGAGUUUUGAAAAUGAUCACUUAACUAAAACUUGAAAGCUAUAAAUUAGUUAUCCAUACUCUCAUGACAAUUUUGUUGGUGAACAACAAAAAAGAGAUCUAUUUCUUUAAAAUAUAUUUGUGCAGAAACUGCAUGUAACUCUAAGUUUUACUCCUAACAUAAGUAUGUUUGGGGAAGUAUUCUAUUCUAUACUUGCCAAUGUGGAGAACAAAAUAGUUUUUUAAGAAUGAAGAAGUAUAUAUAUCCAUUCUGUAUUUUACGUGCAGCAGAAUUAUCUUCUGUAGGGUCUUUUUGUGUAUUCACAAGGUGAUAUUUGUAUUGUAAAACAAUAAUGGUGAAGGAAAUAAAAAGGCUUUUAAAAUUUUGUUUGUUUUAAAUCUUUGUAAAGUUAUUAUUCCAGAGAGUAUACUGAUAUCUUAACAGUUUACCUAGAUCACAAAUUAAUCAAAACGCACUUUUUAAUAAAAACUGAUACUUAAAAUAAAUGCCUGUUAUUUCUAA